AGCAGUUGACGGUCUGCCACCUACUGAAAAUGGCUAGUGGGAGUGUUUUGGAAGGCAGGUCUCGCAGAGGGUCACAGUUGACCACUGUUUAUGAUGCUGAUGGAAACCUAGUGGAGGCAGAGAGCCGAGAAGAUGAAGAACAGAACAUCAAACUCGUUCAGACGAUCGAACUGCUGUUGGCGGCCGGCUACUUCCGCGCUCGUAUCAAAGGCUUGUCCCCUUUCGACAAAGUGGUUGGAGGCAUGACUUGGUGUAUCACCACGUGUAGUUACGACUUGGACGUAGACUUGCUCUUUCAGGAGAAUUCUACAAUCGGUCAGAAGAUUGCACUGACUGAAAAGAUUGUGGCAGUUCUGCCAAGAAUGAAGUGUCCGCACCGAAUUGAGCCGCAUCAGAUCCAGGGUUUAGAUUUCAUCCACAUCUACCCUGUGGUGCAGUGGCUGGUGAAGAAGGCAAUUGAGACGCGUGAGGAAAUGGGUGACUACAUCCGAGCGUUUUCUGUCUCACAGUUCAACAAGAAUCACAGUAUGCCUGAGGAUGACAUCUUCAAGGAAAUCAAGGACAAAUCAGUCGCAUCUCUGUCUGCAGUGAAGGAUUUGUACAAACCAACCAGAAAGUACCGUCGAACUCACACUGCUAGCUUGCUGGAGGAAGAGAGUAGGGUGCAGUCCACGCUACUAGAAUAUGGAAGGCGCCAUGGUUACAGUCGUGAGUUGAAGACAGAGGAUGAUAAAUCUGCUGCAAAGAAGGCUGCUGCUGGCGGUGUUGGUGGACAGGAGGAUGAUGUGUUGGAAGGGGAGAUAAGACAAGAAGAAGAGCGUCGAAUCAAAGCUCUGAUGAGUGGCAUGGCGGCAGCCGGCACUGAGGGUAAACUGACAGCAAGUGCUGUAGGAUCGAUCGUCGGAAUGCAAUCACAGGAGAUCCACCAGAUCGCUUCAGAAUAUGCGGACAAGCGUACAGAGGUUCAGCAUGCUGAGCUGGAGGGGUCGAUUGAGAGAGAAUCCAAGCUGAGUGGAGCUCAACAACACAAGAGGACGGUCAAUGCUAUGAACAAGCAGAUCGCACAGCAGAACACCAAGAUGGAACAGAUCCAGAGCAAACAUGCCGACCUUCACAAGACGUACGUUGAGAUGCAGCAGAAACUGGAAGAGGCUCAAGCUUACGGUGCAAGAAUCGACAAUGAAAUGGAGGUGUUGAAUCAAAUGGAGACGGAAGAAAACCAAGGAAUCCUGCAGAAGUUACGUUCUCUGGUGGCUAUGAAUGAGAACCUCAAGAAACAGGAAUACCAGUUCAAGGCACACUGCAAGGAAGAGAUGGCGCGCCUUCAGGAGAACAUUGAGAAGUUAAAGGCUGGGACGGAUGAUGAAUCAUCGGAGGACAUGGAGAGAAGUCAACUCAUUGAGAAACAAUACCAGGCAGACAAGGAGAAGCUCCAUAAGAUACGGCUGCUGCUGGCAAGGAAAACGCGGGAGAUCUCUGCUCUCCAGCGUAAGAUAGAUGAGGUGCCGUCACGAGCAGAGUUGAGUCAGUACCAGCGGAGAUUCGUCGAGCUCUACAACCAAGUUGCUGCCACCCACAAAGAGACGAAGCAGUUCUACACUCUGUACAACACGCUGGCUGACACCAAGCUCUACCUGAACAAAGAGGUCAACCUGCUCAACUCCAUACACGAUAACUUCACACAAGCGAUGUCAUCUGCUGCCAACAAGGAACAGUUUCUGAAGCAGUUUGAACAGAUCGUCGAAGGUAUCAAACAAAACAGAAUCAAGGUGGAGAAAAAGAAGCAAGAUGAGAAAAUGAGGAGAGAUGCGUUGAACGAUCAGCAUCUAGAUCUGGUCGAGAAACAGAGGCUUUACUUCAAGACAGUCAAGGAAUUCAAAGAGGAAUGUCGAAAAAAUGAGAUGAUUCUGAACCAGCUGCAGACACGAGGCUCUUAAUGAACAUUUCCGCGAUCUUGCUUGAACCUGGUACAUUCCAGGGAACUAGUCGAAGAUGUUGGGCGAGAGAUUUCAGUCGGUUGCGGCAUGGCUCUGCCAUGUCAACCCAAAACAUAGAAUGGUCCAAAUCAUACUAAAUUUGCCUUGUAACUCUUCUACUACUUCUAACGUCAGACGAAAUAAUAACACCAUGUAUGUAAAUCAUCGUCAUGAUUCCAAUGAAAGAGAAAUGAUAAUACCCCUAACAUUCGGACGACAUGAGGGAAUUACAGGUUAUAGAAAUGGAGGGCAUGAAAUGACAAAAUAUCAUGAACAGUGCUCUUUGAACUGGAAAAUUGAGAAAAUGCUCAAUGUACUUUUGGAUUCUUGUCAUCAGGUGUCUUGAUGCCAUGUUUGAUGGAGACUGUUAGACGCUAUCAUGUUAUGGAUGUGACAUUCUAUAUCCUUAUCAGUAGAAUAUGGCUGGUUUGCAAAAGA